CACAUACACACACACACACACACACACUCACACUCACACACACAUGCACUCUCUCACACACACAGACGCGCGUGCACACCUCCACGCUCCCCUCUCUCUCUCACACACACUCUUUACACAUACACUACCAGGGGGAUUCCUCCGCCACUGCAGCCUCUCCGAUCGCUCCACCUGGCUCCUGUCUUCUUCUUCUCCUUCUUCUUCUUCUUCUUCUUCUUCUGUCGUGGUGGAGAGGGGGGAGAGGUGGAAGCACGAUCUGGAAUGACUUUUACUAAAGGGCCAUAGGUCGGAGCUUAACGCUGAUCCGGCGUCGAGCGCUAUGAGUAGAUGACAACAAAACAGCCUUUAAAUCCAGGAAGGGCUCCUCUUCUCUGUGCUAAGAGUCUCGCUAACCGUGUGUAAGGACCGCUGGGAGUACAAGAAUCAAGUCAAGGACACGUUCACUCCCCCAACAGGAAGAUGGGAGUGAGAAAAUAAAGCUCCACGGAGUCGAGAGGAGCUUAAUGAAUUCCAGGGAAUCUUGAAAACAAACUGUGCUUUUGUGUACGACUGUGUGAGAGGAUCAGGCAACCAUGUGGACAUUAGCUGCGACGGUCCACUGUCUUCUGGCUGCUGCGCUGCUAUUGACCUGCUGCCUCCAAUCGCUGAUGGCCACUGAGGAUGAUGUCACGCCACGCAUCAGUUUCCCUUACAAUGCAAAGGAGAGGUCGGCCAAGAGAUUCUCUGUGGACGGCGUCUUCAAUUACACGUCUUUGCUGCUCAGCCAAGAGGACGACAUGCUGUACGUCGGAGCCAGGGAGGCGCUGUUCGCCCUCAGCCUCUCCGACAUCAGCAAGACCAAGCUGCAGAAGAACCUGACGUGGGGCACUCCUGCAGGAAAAAGAGAGGAAUGCAGCUUCAAAGGGAAGAACCUGGAGACUGAUUGCUUCAAUUACAUCAAAAUUCUCCUGCGGCUGAACAGCACUCAUCUCUACGUGUGUGGCACUUAUGCUUUCAGCCCUAUUUGCGCCUACAUCAACACGUCAACAUUCACGCUGGAGAGAGACGAAGUGGGCGAGGUCGUGAUGGAAGACGGGCGCAGUCGCUGCCCCUUUAAUCCAGAGUACAAGUCAACUGCCAUCAUUGUUGAUGGUGAAUUGUACACGGGCACCGUCAGCAACUUCCAAGGGAAUGAACCAGUCAUUUACAAGAGUUUGGGUCAGGGAAUGGCUCUGAAGACAGAAAACUCUUUAAAAUGGCUGCAAGAUCCUGUCUUUGUCGGGUCGGCUUACAUCGAGGAGAGUCAGCCAAUAGGCAACCCCGUGGGAGACGACGACAAGAUUUACUUCUUCUUUAGCGAGGCGGGGAAAGAAUUCGACUUCUUUGACAACACCAUUGUGUCGAGGAUCGCUCGCGUGUGCAAGGGUGAUAAAGGCGGUGAGCGGGUGCUGCAGAAGAAGUGGACCACCUUCCUGAAGGCCCAGCUCCUGUGUUCCCUCCCCGACGACGGCUUCCCCUUCAACAUCAUCCAGGACAUGUUCGUCCUGAAGCCCAUGGGAGACAGCUGGGAGAGCACCGUCUUCUACGGCGUCUUCACCUCCCAGUGGUAUAAAGGAGCGUCAGGCAGCUCGGCGGUGUGCGCGUUCACCAUGGCGCAGGUGGAGAGAGCCUUCAGCGGGCGCUACCGAGAGGUGAACAGGGAGACGCAGCAGUGGUACACCUACAACCAUCCAGUGCCUGAACCGAGGCCCGGGGCGUGCGUGACCAACCACGCCCGGCAAAUGGGUAUCCAGUCGUCCCUGCACAUGCCUGACAAAGUGCUCAACUUUGUCAAGGACCAUUUCCUGAUGGACAGCGUGAUCCGCAGCGCUCCUCUGCUGCUCAAACGCAGCGUGCGCUACACACAGAUCGCCGUGCACAAGAUCCAAGGGAUGGAGAGGGCUUACGACGUGCUCUUCAUCGGCACAGAUGAUGGAAAGCUCCAUAAGGCCAUCAAUGCCAACGAUAAGAUGCACAUCAUCGAGGAGAUGAUUCUGUUUCCUGAGCCUCAGCCUGUGCAGCACAUCGAGCUCGAUCCUCAGCGGGGUCUGUUGUUUGUGUCGUCCAACUCCGGGCUGGUGGAGGUUCCUGUGGCCAACUGCUCCAACUACCUGAGCUGCGGAGAGUGCGUGUUGUCCAGAGACCCCUACUGCGCCUGGACCGGGCGGCUGUGUCGGGACGUCAGGAUGGCUCCACCUGACAGUCACUGGCAGCAGGAUGUGGAGGAGGCCGAUACAUCAGCCAUUUGUAACAGGACACUUCCCAGCACCAGAUUGUUCAGACCGGCAGCUUCUCGUGGCUCCCACUGUAAGCUCAUUACAAUCCCAGCCAACACGUUCAGAGUCCUGCCCUGUAAGCUGCGCUCCAACCUGGCGCAGAGGAGGUGGCGCUACAGUGACAGCGCCAGCCAGUUCCUCUACGCCACCCCGGAGGGGAACCUGGUGGUGGUGGCUCAGUCUGACAGGAUCGAGACCUACGAGUGCUGGUCGGAGGAGGAGGGUUUCCGCCAGCUGUUGGCCAACUACUGUGUGAGGGCGGAGCCCCGCCAGGAAAGCACCACUCUUAUUGGACACUCCCGCACGCCGCACAUUGAGCAACAGGAGACCAUCAUCCUGCCCGGCGAGUCCCGUUCAGAGCAGGUCCACACGAAGACGUACUGGAACGAGCUGAUCGUGGUGUGCGCCCUGCUGGCGUUCUCCCUCGUGGUGUUCUCCCUGUUCGUCAUCUACAGGAACCGAGAUCACAUGAAGUCCAUGCUGAAGCAGGGCGAGUGCCCCAACAUGCAGCAGAAGAAGCCAAGGAUCGUGGGAAAGCCUGCAGAGAGUUUGCCCCUGAAUGGUAACACCAUCCCCGUCUCCACUUCUGAUCACAAGGGCUACCAGACGUUAAACGACAACUACAUCUGCAGCACGCCCACCCACGAGUCCUCGCCAGACAACAGCAAGAGCUUCUCCGAGGCCUCCGACAGGCGGCCGCUCAACGUGAAGGAGAGCCACGUGGAAUACUCCCCGACCUGCCCGCGGCCCAGAGUGAGGCUAGGCUCCGAGAUCAAAGACUCAAUCGUAUGAGAGCACAGUGUUCGCUUAAGAGAAUCCACCCUGUAUCUCCAUGAAGGAUACAGGCCACUGAGCGAAGGAGAGGAGACCCCGACAUCCUUCUACAUCACAGCAUGUCUUUUAUUUUAGCCAUCUUUGUUCUGUGAUCAAUGCGGAGGUCAUUUUUGUUUAACCAUUUCCACUCCGAAGCCAGAGGUUGGUCCGGUUUGCUGCCUAUUGUGCAGGAAGAGAAGCAGCAGAGGAUCAUGACCCGUCACAGCUGCUAAGAAUCGUUAACAGUCUUUGUUUGAGUCAUUGUCAUGGCCACUAAUGUGUGUGAGUGCGGGGCUGGGCAAUAUGGGGAAGAAAAUAACCGAUCAACAGAAGAUCUACUUCCGUUAUCAGUAUUUAUCACAGUAUAUCUCUAGGUAUGCAAUAUCCAACAUCCAAUUAGCUCCAUCACUUAACAGAACAGACACUAACUCAUAAAUAAUAUGUUGCCCAGCCCUGUCUGAGUGCGUGUAAACUUGCACAUGCUCUGCAGAAAAGUCGACACUUCUGCUAAUAUGCACACUAGAACCAAGCUACAGCUUCAUGGUGACCAAGAGUUCAGGUUUAGGAGAUAUAGUACAAGUUUUGCCUAUUCAUUACGAUCCACACAUUACAGAGGCAAGUCAGAAGCACAUUUGUUCCCUUUUGCUGAAUAGAUGUCGUGACUGUACGAGGACGAAGACGGCGAAGGAUGAGGCAAAUCAGGAGGAAAAACACCCGCACCCUGGUUAUAAAUCGAGCCCUCGUAACGAAUAAUUUAAAGGACUGCAACUUUAAAGGAAGAUCAUAAUUUAUUCUCCAGGGCCUAACUAUUGACAUUUACCUCCUGAAUGUACGCUGUUGUUCAAAGAAGGUCUGCUUCAUUCACACAUCACUGCACCGUGGACAAUUUAGGCAGCCCGUUGCUCUUCAUCUCUGCUCAUCUGAGACAGCCCUGUUCUUCAGUAUUGACCUGCAGGCACCACGAUGGGCUCAUAAACUGACACAGAUGUCCUGUUUUUCGAGGCGAAUAUGGAAAAGAGACCUGACAUUGUUCUGUUGAGAGAAAAAAAAAACAACAACAACAACCACAGAGCCAAGACAAAAGGAAGACGUCCACACCUCUACCAUGAUCAGGGCGGCACUGACAUCAUCACGUGCACUGUGCCAAAAAAAAAAUAAAACUAACUUGAUCGUCUUUCUAAAUGCAAUAGUGCCAUUCUGUUAUGACCACUCCCAUGCUUUGUGUUAGCAUUGAUCACUGUCGAAGAGCACAUGGUGAGGAAACCAGAGGUGGGUUUCACAGACAAGUAAAGUGGCACUAAUAAUAAACAAAUGUGAAGGGCGAGGAUGGAGAUUUUUCCCUCUAAGACUGUUAGCUUAUAACGAACCUUUCAGACUGUGUUGGGUCAAAAGUAAUCGACUUUUCGUACAUAAAAUCUGAAGCGGGGCCAAAGGAUGCAGCAUGGAGGUUUCUUCAUGUCUUGCGGUUGUGAUAAAAGUAUUCCAGUUUUCCUUCCGCUACCCUUAAAGGAGUUAUAUGCCUUCUUAGCAGACACUGAAUCACACCGACACAACCAGUUUGAGAACAUUGAGCUUGAUGAGCACUGACGACACAAACCUUCUCUAAGAGGAGAUAACACAGGUGAAAACUGCACUGCUCAGUUUUGAUAGUUUGGGCUAUGUUUUUGCAUUUUUUUUCUUUAAAUGUACGCAAAUUAAUUAUAUUUAAUUAGAUCUCCCUUAGUUGUUUAAAACAGUAAACAUCAGAAAGCUACAAAUACAAAAAAUCUUAAUGGAAGUGAACUGAGGAAGUUUCAGGAUGAUGGUAAUGUUUUACCCUUCUCACCAUUUUUUUGUCUUAAAAAGUAUAUAGUUUAACAAUCUAUAUUGUAAAGAGUGCAAUAUGUAAGAAACAUUUUUAAAAAAUACUUUCAUUCAUAGAAUUUGAAGAAAUAACACGUUUGAAGUAUGUCAAAGAUUUUGAUGCUAACCCUGUGUUGUAGAGGUGCAUCUCCUGAUGUUAGCAUGCUAACCAGUUAGCACUGGGCCUGGAAGUGUCUGUCAUCAGUACAAAGCUCCUGUGCUAACACCAACACUCGCCCCAGUUGUCCAGCUAGCUGCACAGCUAACUGAGCUAACAUGGUAACCAUAGCUACAAUCAUGGGUGUGUAAACAGGAUGCAGUUAGCAGCUGUUAGCAGUCACUAACUGCUGGUCGUAGUGGAGGUAGCCAGUUCUUACAUAUUACACUUUUUAAAGGAAGUUUUCUCAAAAACAUUUUUUUUUUCUUUGAGCGAUAAAUCUCCACUUCAGCAGCACUUACACCAAACCUUCCAGUUUGAUUCUCAUCUAUAUUCUUAAGAUGUUUACAGAAAAGGUUUGUUUAUCUCAUUCAUAGCCUGAUUUAUAAAACAUAAAUUAACAUUUUAUUCUGAACACAUGGUGACAUUUUUAAUUUUUUUUAUUUUUAUUUAUGGCUGUUGACAAUGUUUUCUAACGUUAAGUGUUUGUCACCAAAAUGAAACAAGAAUUUCGGACCUGGAUUUUAUCCAAUGUUCAGAUUUCUGUUAUGGAAAUGUAUGCAAAUUGACACUAUUUAAUCAUAUAAAGCCUUAUUUAAACAUUUAGUAGGACGGAAAGAAAAAGAAAUCUCAUUAAUCUCAGUGAGUAAACACCUGGGGAACUUUCAUGAUGAUACCUAUUAGUUUAAAUUAACCCUCACCUGUAGUGUCUCCCAUGAAGAGCUAAUAAACUCCAAAUUUAAAAAAAUCACAGUGUAACUUAUAACAACUGUCGCUGUCGUGGACAUGUAAUAUUCACUGGUCUCUCGUCCAGCCUGCAGCUGCACAACAUAAUGACGCAGUUGCUCAGAACACUGCAUUAGCUCAGUUAGCUCAAUACAACCUCCUCCACCAGGUGACAUUUCUCACAUGCAUAGCAUUCACCACACUCACUCAGAUGUCAAGGCGACGUUAAUGUGAAAGCACAAGUAAUCAGGGUCUUGAACACUUCACAGGUUUGCACAUGUCAGCAAAAUUAGAGUGACUUCUAAGAAAUGCAACUACUGAGAGACAGACUGUGUGGCUGCUACGGAAAAUGAUUUUUUUUUUUUUUUUUUUUGUAGAAAUCAGUUAAUACAGGGACCAGUGCAGCCAUCACGCUCGACACUCUUGCACCCACAUUCGCUUUUUCGACUUUUGAGACUUAACAAGCAGAUAUUUCCAAAGAUGUAGGAAGCCGAUAGUGUUGUGUAAAUCUGAAUGAGAAACAUUUACACGGCCAUAGGGACAAUAUGGCACCACAUGUCUUAGAAGAAAUCACCAGUUCACUGUAUUGAUCAAGUAAGCCUACCGUAUAUAUUCCAAUACCAUACAGAAUUAACAUUUUUGCGAUUUCCGACACUGAGCAGACGACAAAAUGCUAUGUAACUGCUACAAAGUUGACAAAGUACUUGCAUAUACUGCGCAACAGUGGUCAGUGUUUCCUUUCUUUCUUUGUUUUUCUUUUUUUUUUUGUUGUGUAUAUACAGUAUCUGUGCUUAAUAUUGUGUGUUUUAAGGGACCUUGUGCAAGAUGUGUUGUAGAGAUAGUCUUGAAACUAGAGAGUGAACACUGCUGAUAUUUUGUUUUCGUAGUGCUUUACUGCCUACUUCAGCGUAAACAUUUCAACUCUUGCACAGAAAUACCGCACAUUUCUCACCGCGCUGUUAGUUCAGCACCUGGGCUGGUUUUUAUCGAGCAUGUCAAAGCAGGAGAGCGAUCUCUAAUUAUCUUCAUGUCAUACUGAAUUUACGGGGUAGCUCGAUACUGUAGGAAAUAGUCUUAUUCACUCCCUUGCCAGAGGUUAGACGAGAAGUUUGAUACCACUCUCGUUUAUGAAUAUGAAGCUACCACUACUUAGCUUCAUGUAGGUUAGCUUAGCUUAGCAUGAAGACUGGAAAUCCCAGAAACAGCUAGCCUGGCUUCAGCGAAAGGGUACAAAACCACCUGCAGUGACAACCCGAAGUCUCUUCGUCAGCUUUUCCAGGAAAUCAGUGGUCACUCCAGGAAAUGGUGCAGCACAGAACUUCCAAUACAACCAAAAUGACUUACUGAAUUUACCGGUAAAUUUUUAAUUGUUGCGUAUUUUCAUUAGUGAGAAUUUGAUAGAUUUUUUUGUCACCUUUGGACAGAUGCAGGCUAGCUGUGUUCCAGCUGUUUCUCGUCUUUUGCUAAGCUAACCAGCUAUUAGAAACGGGGUGCAUCUUCCAGCAAAAUGCAGCUGAAUUACAUUAUUAAAAGAAAAAAGAAGUUGUCAGACAGGCUACUUUUUGUUUUUAUCAGUUAAAUUAAUAUAACCGGCUAUAGAGUCACACCAUCCAUACAUUAAAGGGGUAUCAAUCUUCUCAUCUAACUCUUGGCAACAAAAGAAAUAGGUCUAUCUCCCAAAAGGUCCAUCUGCUCCCCUGAUCUUGUUUGCUCGCUUGCAAGCAAAGACUGACAAAUUAAACCAGAGUAUAAACAAGAGAUUUAUAACAGGAGUAAAUCAGAUGCUUAAAGCCUUGGUGCAGAGCAUUGUUUGUCACCACAGAUUGUCUCGACUAUAAAACAUCUCUCUGGUGGUUGAAUACCCUGCUUUUGAGAUGCUCGGUGAACAACCUCACUACAUAUUUUCAAAAAAAAAAAAAAAAAUGCCUUUUUA